AUGACUCCACGAGGAGAGGAAUUGGCAUCCACUUGUGUAGGCUGCAGCAAACAUAUCACUGACCCAUACAUUCUGCGAGUCUACCCCGAUUUGGAGUGGCAUGCAGCCUGUCUCAGGUGUGCGGAGUGCAGCCAGAAACUGGAUGAAAGUUCAACUUGUUUCGUCAAGGAGGGAAAGAUCUACUGCAAGACUGACUACUUCAGAAAAUUCCCUGUGAGAUGUGCUCAGUGUCAGGGUGGACUGUUAUCCUCGGAUUUGGUCCUGAGAGUCCGAGGCCUCACCUAUCACCAACGAUGUUUCUGCUGUGUGGCCUGCAAUCAGCAGCUCGUGCCCGGAGAUGUGUUCAGAUUGCGGUUAGACGGACCAUACUGCAUCAAGGAUGGUGGCCUUCUAGAUACUAGUUUACGUCGAGAGGGUCCUUUGAACUCUGAAGUGGACACUGAGAAAUUCAAGGCCUGUCAGUCAGCGAAGCACCCUGAUAAGAUAACCCGUGUGCGGACAGUGCUGAACGAGCAGCAACUGCUCACACUGCGGACCUGUUACGCUGCAAACCCCCGGCCGGAUGCGUAUCUGAAGCAACAGCUCAUAGAGAUGACAGGUCUUAGCUCAAGGGUCAUCAGGGUCUGGUUCCAGAAUAAACGAUGCAAGGACAAAAAGAGGAGGGUUCUGCAGAAACAGUGUAAAGGAGACAGAAUGGAUAUCCAAGGGUUAGUUGGGACCCUGAUGGUGGCUAUGAGCCCACUACCACAGAAAGGUGAUUUGCAAUGCAGCCCUGUUGAGGUUUACAGAUGCCACCCACCAUGGAAAGACCUAAAGGACUUCACGCUGCAGGCAGGCUUUUCUGGAGUCCAGUCCCAUUCAAGCUGCAGUAGGAGUGAAGUGUCAGCACCGAGCUCCCAACUCUCAGACACACUAAACAGUGAAGAAUCCUAA